UAUCUUCCAACUCCAAAGUCAAAGAACCCCAAAUAGUGAAAAUCCUUCCAUCCACUUCACGUUGAGCUUCCUUCUUUGCAAUUUCAAGCCACUGUUCAACUUUGUAAUUAUAUAUUAGUCUUACUACUCCAAUACAAUUUGAGACUCUCUUUCUAGAUGGAAACUACCACUGGAAUAGAUGUGAAGAUGAUGGUCAACGAUUCUCUGAUUGUGCCAGUGGCACCUCAAAAGAAAGGUAAAAGCACUCCCCAUACAUGCACUCCUCCUAAAAAGCAAAAAAGGACAAAUUCUUCAGAUCCCGAUUCUAAGCCUGGUAAUACUGGAAGAGAAACAUCUCAGAUUUGGAAUCACUUUAUAAAAUUUAUUGAUAAAGGAGGCAAACGUAGAGCAAAAUACAAUUAUUGUGUAAAAUACUUUGCUUCCGAGACCAAGACUAAUGAAACUUCUACUUUGUGGAAUCAUUUAAAUUUGAUGUGUCUUAAAUCUCCCUUUAGAUUUGUUGAUAAGAAGCAAUCUACAUUGAAAUUUAUACCUAUCCAAGAAGGGGGACAAGAAACUGGUAAAAGUUCUAUUGAAAGGGUGGUGUAUAAUGUGGAGGAUAUUAGGAGGGCAAUUGCCGGAUUUGUUAUUAUUGACGAGCAGUCAUUUAAAGUUGUUGAGGAAGAAGGAUUUAAAAAGUUAAUGGCUAAGGCUUUGCCUAAUUUUGAAUUACCUUCUCGUGUAACUGUGGCUAGAGAUUGUUUGAAGAUUUAUCAAGAGGAGAAAGAAAAACUGAAAAAACUUAUCAAGAACCAACAUGUAUAUCUUACUAGUGAUACAUAAUCAUCACUCCAAAACUUUACUUAUAUGGUUGUCACUGCCCAUUGGAUUGAUGAUGAAUGGAAUAUACAAAAGAAGAUACUUAACUUUUUCCAAACACCAGAUCAUAAGGGAGAGACUAUUGCUAAGGGUAUUGAAGCUUGUAUGUUAGAGUGGAGUAUUGAGAACUUGUUUACAGUGACGCUAGAUAAUGCAAGUGUGAAUGAUGCUACUAUUAAGCAUUUGAAGGCACGUAUUGAUGACUAGAAAGGAGUAAUAUUGGGAAAUGAGUUUUUACAUGUUAGAUGUAAUGCACAUAUUUUGAACUUGAUUGUAAAAGAUGGAUUAGAUGAACAAAUUGAGCCCAUUUAUUGUAUUAGAAAUGCGGUAAAAUAUGUCAAGUCUUCAUCUUCAAGGUUUGCUUCUUUCAAGUCGCAUAUUGAGAAAGUUAAGAUAGACAAUCAUGGUCUUUUGAGUCUUGAUGUUGAGACUAGGUGGAACUCUACAUAUACAAUGUUAGAUACAUCUGUAAAAUUUGAAAAGGCUUUUACAAGAAUGUACGUGGAUGACCAUACGUACCAAAAGUAUUUUCGAGAGGUAACAAAAGGACAUCUAUCUGGUGAUGAUUGGAAGAUUGUGAAAGCUUUUAUCAUGUUCCUUAAUAUUUUUUACCAGACCACUUUAAAAUUUUCAAGAAGCUUAUAUGUUACUUCGAAUGCAUUCUUCCAUUAAUUUUUUAAUGUUCGAAAUGCUAUUAUAAAGUAUUCUUAUAGUGGAGAUCUUAUUUUGAUUGAUAUGGCUAACAGGAUGAAAGGAAAGUUUGAUAAAUACUGAGGGUAAGUUUGAGAAUUUGAACAUGUUAUUGUUCAUUGUUGUUGUAUUGGAUCCCAGAUAUAAGAUGAAGUAUGUGAACUUCAUUCUUAGUAUAUCAUAUAAUCCUUUGGUGGGAAAAUUGAAAUCAGAUCAGGUGACAGGUGCUUUGACUCGUUUAUAUGAUCAUUACAAUAAUUCUUUCUCUGAAUCUUCUAAUGACAAUUCUAGAGGUGAAACUAGUAUAGUGAGUGAAGUUGGUGAUAUUUUGCUAUCUCGCUGGGCGAAACAUUUGGAAGAUGAGGGAGAUGUUGAGAAAAAAUCUGAGCUUGAGAAAUACUUGACGGAUAAUGUGGAGAAGACCAAGGAUUUAAAUAUCUUGGCUUGGUGGAAAGCUUCAUCUAGUAAAUAUCCAAUUCUUUUAAAAAAUGGCAAGGGAUGUUCUUUCAAUUCCUAUUUCUACUGUUGUAUCUGAGUCAGCUUUUAGUACCGACGGUCGAAUUCUCGAUUCUUACCGAAGUUCUUUAUCACCAAAGACGGUAGAAGCUCUUAUUUGCACUCAACAAUGGAUAAAGUCACCUAAGGAAUACAACCUUUAAGACUAUCUAGAAGAAAUUAAAAAGAUUGAGCAAGUUGAAGAAGGUAAUUUUAUAUAUUUAAUUUGUAAUGAAUUUAAUUCUAUCUUUAUAUUGUUUAACAUGUAACUAUUUU